AAUGAAUAGUUAUCCCUAUAUAAAUAAACCUUGUUAACACAACCAACAUUCACAACUAACAAACAAUUUCAUCUAUUAAAAAAAAUUCAUUCCCUCUCAAAAAAAAAAUGAAGAGCAGAAAGGUUACCAUGUUAGUGACAAUAAUGAUACUUAUGAUGAUGGGAAACCUUUUAGAUCAAACAAAGGCUCAAAAAAGUUCUUUAGGUCAAAGAGAAGCUGAGAAAAUCCCUUUUAUUCAGUGUUAUCCAUCUUGUCUUAAAGAGUGCAAAAGUACUUACAAGUUUCCAGCGUCUCUCAAGUGUCCAAUUAUAUGUCUUAAAGCCUGUCUUCAUCCUCCAUCACCAUCACCAUCACCAUCACCAUCACCAUCACCAUCACCAUCACCAUCUCCAUCUCCAUCUUCAUCUCCAUCUCCUCUUUCGGAGAAAACUAUUGAUGAAACUAAUGAUUUCUGUAAAUUUGGUUGUGCUGUGCAACAAUGUGCUUCUCUUUCUACUAUGGAAAUUCCAAAUGUGAAGAAAGUCGCAGCCUGUGUCGAUUCAUGUUCGAUUAAGUGUUCCAGCAAAAACUAAAAAGCGAUACUUUUCCUCCUACAAAUUAAUAUUUAAAUUAAAGAUAAAAAUAAAAUAGUUUGUAUUGAUUGGGUUUUCAAAUAAAUGAUUUUUUAAUA